AUGGCGUUACGUGAUGGCCUGGUCGCCUUAACCUCCCUGCUUUCCAUUGUCGCCGCGCAGACGACCAUCUCCACCGACAACUUCCAGGCCGUUCUCGCAGCCGACUCCCAGGUCCUGAGUUCCCUCAAGCCGACUUCACAGGACUCGUUCGACUUUUCUCCCGCCGACGUCUUCUCAUCCAGGAAUGGAGAUGGGAAUUACCACACCGGCGACAUCACCUUCCGGUACCGCAGUGGGACUUCUGGCAGCUGGCAGACGGGCAACAGCGCCGCCCAACGCGCCCCCGUCACUGAAACCCCCAGCAAUGGAGCACUCGCAUCAGCAAACCUGGGUCCGUCCUUGGCCGACUCAGGCGCCAGCCUGAACGUGACGCGGAGAUGGAUCGACGUGGACGGCGACCUCGGCCUCGAAUUCACCCUCACCAACGUCGCGACCGACAGCGUAGAGAUCGGAAGCCUCGGCAUGCCCGUCGAGUUCAACAACAUCUUCACCGGCCGCACCGAGACGGAUACGCGUGACAAGUGCGUCCUGCUCGACCCGUACAUCGGCCUCCACGCCGGCUACGUCCAGGCAACCCGCCUCACCGGCACCGGCCCGAACCUCGUCGUCACGCCCCUGACCGCUGACACCAAGUUCGAAGCGUGGCGAUUCCUCCCGGAGACCAGCACGGAGCCGCUCUACUACCAGUCGCAGACGUACGAAGGCAACUACGAAUGGCAAGUGCUGACCAAGGCCUGGGCCGAGAACGAAUGGAGCGGCGUCGACCCCUGGAACGAGCCGACGUCGGCCACGCUGGAGCCAGGCACCAACAUCACCGUCGGCCUGCGCUUCUCGCUGGCCGCCUCGGCCCCGGAGAUCGAAGAGACGGUGAAGUCGUCGGGCACGCCGCUCGCCGUCGGCAUCCCGGGCUACAUUCUGCCCACCGACGUCGUGGGCCGGCUCUUCCUGCACACCAGCGACAGCGUCGAGUCCAUCACGAGCACCCCCUCCGGCGCCUUCACCUUCAGCUCACCCCGCGCCCUCGACGGCGGCGUCGUCGAGUACCAGCUCACGCCGGCGUCCAGCGCCUGGGGCCGCGUGCGCGUCAACAUCCGCUACACGAGCGGUAAGACGCAGGCGGUGCACUACCGCAUCACCAAGCCCGCGCCGCAAGCCGUCGCCGACCUGGGCAGCUUCCUGACCACCGAGCAGUGGUUCGCCGACCAGUCCGACCCCUUCGGCCGCGCCAACUCCAUCAUCACCUACGACCGCGAGGCCAACGCGCCCGUCCUCCAGGACAACCGCGCCUGGAUCGCCGGCCUCAGCGACGAGGGCGGCGCCGGCGCCUGGCUCGCCGCCGCCCUGAAGCAGGCCGUCCAGCCCGCAGCCGCCGAGGUCGCCAAGCUCGAGACCUUCGUCGCCGACGUCGUCUGGGGCACGCUGCAAGUCUCAACUCCCGGGGAUACCCAAUACGCCGUCCGCAAGAGCGUCUUCUACUACGACCCGGCGGCGCUGCCCGACUACGAGUACAGCACCGACAUCGGCUGGAACACGUGGUCGGCCUGGAACAAGGAGGCGGCGUACGCGACUGACCGCGCUUACGACUACGUGCACGUCGCGGGGCUGUACUGGGGCCUGUACCGCGCCGGCAGGGCGGCGCCCGACGCGCUGACGCGCAACUUGACCGCCCAGGACUACCUCCUGCGCGCGCAGGAGACGGUCGCGUCGAUGAUGCGGACGGGGGCUGGGGGCGGCCACAGCGUGAGUUACUGGGACGUCGGCCUGAUGGGCGAGACGGUGUUCGGACACAUCCUGGAGGACCUCAAGGCCGAGGGGCUGGCGGAGCAGGCGGGUGCGCUGGAGGCCGACAUGAAGACGCGGGCGGAGCUGUGGGCGACGCAGGAGGAUCCGUUCGGGUCCGAGAUGGCCUGGGAUAGCACCGGCCAGGAGGGCGUGUACUACUGGACGAAGUGGGUGUUCCCUCCUCUUUUUUCUUUCUUGACCUUGGCGUACUUUGGCGACACCGCCUCCGCCGACAAGACCAUCAACUCCAUCGUCGGCUACAUGCCCACCGUCGCCCACUGGGGCUGGAACGGCAACGCCCGUCGGUACUGGGACUUCAUCUACGGCGGCAAACUCCAACGCCUAGAACGCCAAAUCCACCACUACGGCUCAGGCCUCAACUCCCUCCCUCUCCUCUCCCACUACCGCUCCUCCCCGGCAGCCAGCGACUCCUCAUCCUUCUACCUCCUCCGCGUCGGCCAUGCCGGCAACCAAGCCGCCCUCUCCAACAUCGACGCCGACGGCUUCGCCGCCGCGGCUUUCCACUCGUGGCCCGACACGCUGCGCUGGGACGCGUACAGCGGCGACUACGGGCCCAACUUCCUCGGCCACGCCCUCGGCGGCGCGACGUUCCUGGCGCAGCGCCACGCCGUCUACGGCUGGACGGCGUUUGGUGGGAAUCUCGUCGCUGAGGGCGAGGGAGACGCCGAGACGGUGACGGUGACGCCGAAGGAUUCGGGGCGGAGGAGGGUGUACGUCGCGCCGUUGGGCGUGUACGUGCAGGUGGAUGCGGGUGUGGUGGAGGAGUUUAGGUAUAGUCCUGCGGCGAAGAAGCUGGUGGUGGGUGUCAAGGGGGAUGGUGGAUAUGGUGAGGUGGCGAGUAAGGCGAUUUUGACGUUGGAGCAGAAUGCGGAAGUGGAGGGGGUGGGCGCGGUGAAUGUCACGACUGAGGGGUUGGAGAGAGCGAAGGGUGGGUGGGUGCUGGAUCUGAGCGAUGGGGAGGUGCAUGAGGUGGAGUUUGGGGUUGCGGGUUGA